AUGUGGCUUAUUUUUGAAUUUCAGGACGGAGGUGUGAAGGAGGACGAGCUGCAGAGCAUCCUCAACUAUUUGUUGACAAUGCAUGAAGACGAGAACCUCCACGACGUCUUGCAGCUGGUGGUGGCCCUCAUGUCCGAGCACCCGGCCUCCAUGGUCCCGGCUUUUGACCAGAGAAACGGAAUACGGGUCAUCUACAAACUGCUGGCAUCCAAGAGCGAAAGCAUUCAAGUGCAGUCCCUCAAAGUGCUCGCCUACUUCCUCAAACAUUUGGGGCACAAGAGGAAGGUGGAGAUCAUGCACAGCCAAAGCCUCUUCACCCUUCUGGGCGAGAAGCUCCUGCUGCACGGAGGCGCCGUGACAGUAACCACCUACAACACGCUCUACGAGAUUCUGACGGAGCAAGUGUGCACGCAGGUGGUCCACAAGCCGCACGCCGAGCCCGACUCCACCGUCAAGAUUCAGAACCCAAUGAUCCUCAAAGUGAUCGCCACCUUAUUAAAGAACUCUGCCCCCGGCGCCGAGCUGAUGGAAAUCCGCCGCCUCUUCCUCUCCGACAUGAUCAAACUGUUCAGCAGCAGCCGAGAGAACAGACGAUGUCUUCUUCAGUGCUCGGUGUGGCAGGACUGGAUGUUUUCGCUGGGCUACAUCAACCCCAAAAGCCCGGACGAGCAGAAGAUCACCGAGAUGGUGUACAACAUCUUCCGGAUCCUGCUCUACCACGCCAUCAAGCACGAGUGGGGCGGCUGGCGCGUCUGGGUCGACACGCUCUCCAUCGCGCACUCCAAGGUGACGUAUGAGGCACAUAAGGAGUACCUGGCCAAGAUGUACGAGGAAUACCAGCGUCAAGAGGAGGAGAACAUCAAGAAAGGGAAGAAAGGCUCGGUCAGCACCAUCUCGGGUCUGUCGGCCGCCGCCAUGACGGGCUCGGCGGAGAUGGCGGAAAUGGACGGCGGCUCUCCGUCGCCCGGCAGCGACGGCGCCGGUCCGCGUGACCCGUUGGCCGAGAGGCGGAACCCGGCGGAGGGCGCGGCUGCGGAAGGCGUAGAAGUCCAGAACCUCCUGGUGGACAUCAAGGCAGAGAAGGUGGAGGCCACGGAGGUGAAGAUGGACGACUUGGACGCGCUGAUGGAAGUGGACUCUCUUCUGGACGACAUUUACUGCGGCGCGUUGCUGCCGAAAGACGGCGCCGCGGAGCGGCAGAUCUCGGCUCCUCUCAUCUCGCUGGACGACGACGACGACAAAGACGACGUCCCUCAGGGCGCUGCUUUAUUGUUCCGCAAAGCGGAGGACUCUUUGUUGCCAGACUUGAAUGCAGCGCUUCCUUCGGGGUCUCCACCUGACCUCCUGCCCACCUCCGACUUUGCCUCUUUACCCGGCAUCCUGGAAAAGGACGACUUUGAACUCCUCAACUCUGCCGAGGAGGCCUUGAUUCCGGAGGCCGGUGUCGCGGCGCCCUCUGAAGGAGACAUUUCCGCCUUGUGGAGCAGCAGCCCCAAGCCUUUCCAAGCCGAGAGAGUGGAGGACAGCAAGGAGAUGAAGAUUCAGACCACGGCCACCACGCAGAGCCUAAACAACUGCCUCGGCGCCGACUUCGGGUCCGGCGACACCCCGACGGAGGACGACGACGACCAGCAGCGACAGCGGCGACAGUUCAGCCCGGGCCCUCGCACCACCAUGUUCCGCAUCCCCGAAUUCAAAUGGUCGGCCCUGCACCAGAGGCUGCUAGCGGACCUGCUCUUUGCCCUGGAGAGUGACGUGCACGUCUGGAGGAGCCAUUCCACCAAGUCCGUCAUGGACUUUGUGAACAGCAGCGAGAACAUCAUUUUCGUCCACAACAGCAUCCAUCUCAUCUCUCAGAUGGUGGACAACAUCAUCAUCGCCUGCGGCGGGAUCCUGCCGCUGCUCUCUGCCGCCACCUCGCCUUCAGUGGAGAACAUCGAGGCCACGCAGGGCAUGUCGGCAGAGACGGCCAUCACCUUCCUGUCCCGCCUGAUGGUGAUGGUGGACGUGCUGGUCUUCUCCAGCUCGCUCAACUUCAGCGAGAUCGAGGCGGAGAAGAACAUGUCGUCCGGCGGCCUCAUGCGUCAAUGCCUGAGACUCGUGUGCUGCAUGGCAGUGAGGAGCUGUCUGGAGUGCAGGCAGAAGCACGACAUGUUGUCCGCUCCCAACAAGUGCCAGGACAUGCUGGCAGAUGCUGUCACUCUUGGCAAGCUGUCCCCCAUCAAGGACCCCGAUCGCCUCCUGCAGGAUGUGGAUAUCAACCGCCUGCGUGCUGUGGUCUUCCGUGAUGUGGACGACAGCAAGCAAGCUCAGUUCCUGGCUCUGGCCGUGGUCUACUUCAUCUCGGUUCUCAUGGUGUCCAAGUACCGCGACAUCUUGGAGCCUCAGCGCCAGACGGGCAGGACCGGCGCCAAGUCGGGCCACGCCGCCGCGCAAAGCCAUCGGGACGCCCACUCUGCCGCCGGCGCAGUGUCUCCUGCAGAACCCGCUCAGACAUUUUUGGACCCUCCAGGCGUCCCUUCACCCUCAGAGGAGCACUCUCUUCCCCACGGCGAGCCGGGUAUCAGAACCGAGCGGGUCGUCAGCGUCGUCAACGGCUGUGGCUCCGCCGGCGAGCUCUUCUCCGACCCUGCGCCGCUCUCCUCCUCGGGCCUCAACGUCAAAGAGAUCCUCAAGAGUUUGGUGGCACCGCCCGUGGAGGGCGUGGAGGCGGGGCUGGAGCCGGUGUCCUGCCCGGACUCUGCCGCCAAGGCCCAGACUGCGCUGCCUGUGCAGUUUCACUCCUUUGACAGGAGCGUGGUGGUGCCUGUGAAGAAGUCCCUCUCGGGUGGCCUGGCCGUCACGGCGGCGGGAGACAGCCCUGCGAGCGGCCUGCCGACCCCCAACGUCUUUGCGGCUACCUCGAGCACCCCCAAAAGCACCAUCAACACCAUGGGAGCGGUGGACGCCGCCGCUGCUGCCACGGCGUCUUCGUCCGGUCUGGUCAACGGCGCCACCAGUAAGAAUCUCCCGGCCGUGCAGACGCUGGCGCCCAUGCCCGAGGACACGCUCCAGAACGUGAGCAUCACCUCCAAACUGGAGCGAGCUUUGGAAAAGGUGGCGCCGCUACUCAGGGAGACCUUUGUGGACUUUGCGCCAUUUCUGUCGCGAACGCUGCUGGGCAGUCACGGACAGGAGCUGCUCAUCGAAGACACGCGGUCUCCGCCGCAAUUACGCCGAGUGCACCCGGCGCUCCGACACUGCCGCUGUUGUGACGGCCGCCUUCCGCAACGUCCACCCCCACAACGGCGCCGUUUCCAGCAAAAAGCCCCUGUUUGGAGAGAGAGCGCCUUUGGUUUGUCUGCCGGGGUCAACUUAUGGCGCGGCGUGUCACGGCGGUAA